GGUUGCGUUGUAGUGCGAACGGAUUUUAGGUUAUCAAGCGCGUUAAGGUGUAUAGUUAAUGCGCCUGGGAAGAUUAAUAAAAAAAAAAAGAUAAAAUUUAUAUCCGCUUUAUUAGUGAAAUAAUGCGCCUACUAAAGAUAACAGUUUAUUAGUGUAUGGGUUGCUGGUGUGGGCAAAACAGACCAAGCGUGUAUAAAUAGUAUAAAGCCGAGAAUAUUCAGCGGGUUAAGCGAAAUUCGACAGUUUUUCGAUCGGUUUACCUGGACGAGGGUCGCCUGUCAUGGCAGGAAAGAAAAGUCAACAAGUCAUCAGUCUGGUGGAUUUCGUUAUAUUGCAGUUCUUCUACGCGUUUCAGACCAUUUACGAGGGAUUUACAUCGAUUUUAAAAUGGGAUUUCUGGCAAAAAGAUAUAAAAGCAAUCGAUCCCCCCGAACCAACAACCGCCACGACCAAACGUCACUUCAUCCAGUUAUACAAACCGGAUCCCCAAGAAGGGGCCGAGCAGCCCCAAUGUUACAUCAACGUAAUCGAGUUCGAUAAUUCGCGGCAAGAAGAAGAGAUCAGGAAGAGGAAGCGAUCGUACGAUUUCCCUAUGAACAGGGGGGCGGAGUACCAGAGACAUCAGAGGACACGUAGCGAGAACGAGAUCCAACGGUUUUAUUGCAGCAACUUGAGGUAUUAAGUUAAGGGUUUUUUUUACUGUGAAAAUCUUGUUAAUAAAACAGCUUUCUGUGAUAUUACCUCUAGGAGACAAUUAUCUGCGUCGACUAUAUACGAUAAUAAUAAUAAUAAUGUUAAGAUAUCGACUGUAAAUUAAGUUUUGUGAUACGUUUUGUCAUAUGUUUAAUGGGUAUUUACUUAAAAGUAUUUUUUGUAGUUUAUAUAUUAAAUGUAGAAGUAGGA